UCUUCAGAACUAUUGCAGUAUUGGGAUAUCAAAAAUGGAGGUGAUGGCUGGGCAGUGGAAAGGAACCGCAUUGAGUUAGAAGAUGUAGAGAGCCAGACCUGCUUUGUCACCUCCUACGGGUGGUGUGAGAAGCAACAGAUAAUAGAUCUUGUGAAGGAAGGGUUAUGGGAACACUUUUUGGAUGUUCACCAACCAGCCAUCUGCAUCUCGGAUUGGUAUGCUGGGCGACAUGACUGCGGCUGUGUGUAUAGUCUAAAGGUCCAACUGCUGGCUGUUGAUAAGCUAGCUGUGCUCCAAGAGUUUGCCAUAAGACCCGAUCCUAUUCCACAGUGGAAUGACGAAAAGUACAUCCAGGUUUCUCAUGAGUUUCGUGGGUAUGGACCCGGGGUACGCUAUGUGAGGUUUAUGCACAAAGGAAAGGAUUCGCAGUUCUGGAAGGGACGGUACGGCGCCAGAAUCACCAACUCAUCGAUCACAAUAAAGUGUGAUAACAUUGAGCCAUGCUGCUCAUAA